UAAUGUUGUCAUGAUAAUAAAAGUGUAUAUAGUGCAUAAUAUCUGUAAAAAAAUAUUAGUUUUAAACAAUAAUAUUAAUAAUACUAUUGUGUUGGUACUUGGUAGGUAUACAAACAAUGUUCGUUGAAAACAUCAUAAGAGUUAUAAUCAUUUUAUUACUGACAGUUAAAAAAGCAUUAUUUGAACUUAAUUCAAAUAAUGACACCAAUAAAAGACUUAUAGGUAAUGGUACUGAAUAUGAUCCUUCCAAAUAUCCAUACAUAGUGUCUAUAGAUUUAAGGAAGGGUUCAUGUACUGGCUCAUUAAUUAACCAGUUGUAUGUUUUGACCGCUGCUCACUGUUGUUAUGGAGUAGACAUGAAUGUUGUUAAAGUAUAUCAAGGGUCAAUGCUUCAUAAUCGAGAUUAUCGACAUUGUGUUGAGAUGCACGUACACAAAGAUUAUGAUCCCGAAUCAGGAAUUAUGCAAGGAGACCUUACUGUGUUAAAAAUAGAAAGACCAUUCCCGAACGUAAAGAAAUAUAUACGAAUUGGUGGCAAGCCUGCAGAUUUUGCUAAUAACAAAGCCUUGAAAUGUAUAGAAAUUGGAUUUGGUGUCCAGAAUAAUGAUAAUUUUAUAGACAAGAAAGGAUAUAUGAUUACGACUAAUGUUAGACAUGGUAGAACUGCAUGUAGAAGUUAUAAUGUUGAUUUCAUAAAGGCCACAUGGCAACAAUUAUUGUGUUCAGAACCGACGACACCAAAGUUCUUAAAAUCGACAUGUCCAGGAGAUAGCGGUGGUCCAAUGAUUUGCAACAACUUGCUUUAUGGAGUAUGCAGUUUUAGUUACAACCAUGAAGCACCCGAAAAGCUUAUAUGUAAUGUUAGUAAUUUGCAGACUGCGCACGUGUUCGUAAAUUAUUUUGAAGGUUGGGUAAAAGAUAAAUUGAAAGGAGUAGAAGACAUAUUUGAGGAAAAGAAGAAAGAGGAAGAUAAAGAUGAGAAAGAGAAAGAGGAAGAGAAAAAGAAAGAGAAAGAGAAAGAGAAAGAUAAAGAUAAAGACAAAGACAAAGAAGAUAAAGACAAAAAAAAGAAAAAGAAAAAGAAAAAAAAAAAACGGAAGAAAAGUUCCGGGAAUUCAAUUAAACCACAUAACAUAUUCAAUAAAGUUUUAACAAUACUACUGUACCUAUUGUAUGUAGUUAACGACACUGCGGAAAGAAAUGUAAAAUUGAUGGAAGAAUUUGAUCAAAAAGCUACAAAAAAUGAAAACCAAAAGCAAUACUUAUUACAAUCCUAUUAUACGUUGGUAGGUAUACAAACAAUUUUCGUUAAAAAUAUCAUGAAAGUUAUGAUCAUUUUAUUAUUGACAAUUAAAAAAGCAUUAUUUGAACUUAAUUCAACUAAUAAUAUCAACAAAAGACUUAUAGCUGAUGGUACUGAAUAUGAUGCUUCCAAAUAUCCAUUCGUAGUGUGUAUAAAAAUAUUUACUGAUAAAAACAUGGAAACCAAUUCAAUUUGCACCGGCUCACUGAUUCAUAAGUUGUAUGUUUUGACUGCUGCUCACUGUGUUUAUGGUGAAGACAAAAGUCUUCUACAAGUUUAUCUAGGAUCAGCUGUAAAUAAUAAUGAUUUUCGAGAAGUUGUUGAACUUUACGUACAUAAAGACUUUGACCCAGAAUCAAGUAUUAUACAAGGAGACGUUAGUUUGUUUAAACUAAACAGCGCAUUUCCAAACUCAACACCUAUAAAAAUUGGUGGCAAUCCUAAUGAUUUUUCCAAUAACAAAGCCUUGGAAUGUAUAAAUAUUGGAUUUGGUACUAUGGAUACAAAAAAUACAGUGGGCAGAAAAGGAUAUAUGAUAAAGACUAAUGUUAGAAAUGGUGAAACUGCAUGUAAAGAAUACGACAUUGAUCUACAAAAAGAUGCAUGGAAACAAUAUUUGUGUUCACAACCGACAACACCAAGUUUUAAGAAAAUGACAUGUCCAGGAGACAGUGGUGGUCCUAUGAUUUGCAACAACUUGCUUUAUGGAGUAUGCAGUUAUUAUUACAACUUCAAAGGAGAAAAAAAUGAGUGUGGUGUGCCUGACAUGCAGACCGUGCAUGUGUUCAUACAUUAUCAUAAAAAAUGGAUAAAUGAUAAAAUGAAAGGAGACAUAGACGAAAAUGAGAAAAAGAAGAAAGAGAAAAAAAAAAAAAAACGGAAGAAGAAAAGUUCCGGGAAUUCGAUUAAACCAAAUAAUAUAUUCCAGAAAGUUUUAACAAUAUUACUUUAUUGUAUGUUGAAUAAAAUUUGAAAUUAUAAAAAUUAUAAAAUAUA